UGUUAAAUUAGUUACACUCGGAAAAAUGAAGUGUUUGUACUUACUUAUCUAACUUCAAAGCAAUUUCAGCAUGAUUCUCGUUAAGGGAAUAUUAUUUGCUGUCAUAAUGGUGACUUGGAUGAAGGCAAAUACGCAAGAGUGUUCUUCGCCAAAUGAGCAACCACCAAUUGAUGACCACUGUGAGCCAGGUGACCCGAACUGCGGGGAAUUCAUCAUUGAAGCAGCCGAUCUCGAAAAUGGAUUCGAAAAUAAACCUGAACUGCUGGAAUUCAUAAGAAAGCAGCUUGACCGCGAAAGCGAAAUUACGAUCGAGAGCACUGCGAUGCCUACAAAUAACGAAAAACAGACACAGACCACUGAAAGCCCUUCUAAAUGGUCUGUUCCUGAUGCGUUCGGGACAUGCAACGAGGACAGAUGCGUGAAUAUGAACGAAAGUGCAUUGUUUGGUCAUAUAACAGUGAAAGCGCACGGAGAAAUAAUAUCGAUGCCGAUUUCAGAUGAAAAGAAUGUUACCGUUUAUUGCGAAUGUGAAUCGGAUAAGGAAUAUUAUUACGUAAUUCAGAGACGCAUUGAUGGCAGUGUAGAUUUUGAUAGAGAAUUUGAAGAUUACGUAAGUGGUUUCGGAAACAUGACUGGAAACUUCUGGAUUGGACUUGAAACCAUCCAUCUACUGACAUCUAGCGCUGAUUAUUGGAAACUAGACUUUGUCAUGAAAGGGAAUUCGGGAUCGGAAAAGGGGGAAGUCAGAUUUAUGAAUUUCAAACUCGGGAAUCGCUCUACAAAUUAUCGAUUUGACUAUACAGAUUUUGGAAGUAAAAGUGGCAAAACCCUGGAAACACACUUUGAAGGAAUGAAAAACAUGAUCUUCAAGGUACGGGACAAAGAGGGAGGUGGCUGCCCGGGCAAAUCUGGAUGGUGGUUCAACGAUGAUACGAUUUGCAGUCUGAACGGGCCUUACAAGGGUAAAUCUGGAGUGAAAACAGACAGAGGGGCCAGGCAUUACAAGAUAGUCGAAAUGAGACUAAUUCCUGAGAACGAAGGAACCUAACGGACAUAUUUUUCUAUCCAUACACCUUAUAAUUGUAUAUAUGUAAUACCAUGUUUACAGGGUGGGCCGAAAGUGGGUUAACGGUUAAUAAAUGAAUAGAUUAAGAACAAGAUAGCUAUGAUUAAAUAUAUGGACACGUAGCGCACAUAUGCGUUUGCGGAACCGCCACAUGGUGGCGAAUGUUGAUGACGUCACAACACACACACACAAAAAAACAACGACUACUGCUCUCAGGAAUAUUUGAAAUAAACAAAAGUAAUAGCUUUCUGGCGAAAAAUAUAAUCUUCACUCACUGAAAAUUUCAAAGCAAUUGGUCCAGUAAUCAAGGAGAAAAGCAUUUUUUUUUCAUACCAAUAGGCAGAAGAAUAACAUGAUGAAGGACAACAACAACAUAAAAACACAAGAGAGCUAUGCUCAAAUGUAUGAACACGUAGCGCCACAUAAUUUUGAAUACGGCAUAGCACAAAAUAAAAGUAAUAGCCCUCUAGCAAAAAAUAUAA